AUGUCUAGAAACUUCGACGAUCAAACAACAAGCCUUUUUCCAAGUAUAUCAUCAUCUGCACCUUCCUCCUCCUCAGGAGCAACAUCGUCCCUCAAUACAGAACCUGUCGGAAUAUCAAGACUACAAGCAAGACCAUAUUAUGAUCCAGAUACUUUUAAUAUAGGCUAUUCAUCUGUUUUCAAUCCAGACAAAGGUGUAUUGGAUAUCAAUGGCACCCCUAUAGCAUCUAAAUUAUCUAUCGCUAAUCAAAAUAAUAGUAACACUGCUGGUAGCAAGAAUAUAUUCCAGGAUUCAGACUCCAUUUUCUCGAAAUUCCCAUUGAUAUACGGUUCUAACAAAAGAAGGAACAUGUAUGGUAACUCUAACAACAACAAUAUACUGGGGAAUAAUAACCUAAAUACAAAUAAUAGUAGUAAACGUAUAUCACCACCAUUGGAAUGGAAUGAAAUAAUUAUUCUUAAAAAAUGGAAAGAAAAUAUAGUACAAAUUUGUAAAAAUUUCAUUAAUGUCUAUUUUAAUCAUUUAAUUCAACAACCUUUUGAAAUUUCAAAAAUUAUUAUGCAAAUCAUUGAUUUUAAACCUCCAAUGAUUUUACCAUCGAAUUCUGACGGUUCUAUACCUAACAAUACUCCUAUCAUACUGGAGGAUUCUUAUGGGAAUAUUAUUAAUGAAGACCAAGAUACCAAUGGUUUUCAAAAUCUGGGGAAUGAAAAGGAAGAGGAUGAUGAUGAUGAUGAAGAAGAGGAAAUUGACUAUUUCCCAAUAAAAAGAUCUAUAGAAUUAGAACCACCUACACUAAAUAACGAUACUAGCAGCGAUACGAACGAUACUGACGAUAAUACUCACAGAGAUAAGCGAAAUAAGAGGAUUAGUUUAGUGGAUCCAAAUGUAAUUACACCAUUAUCUUUAAAUACCAUAGAUAUUUUGAACUCAAUAAUAGAUACAGAAGGUAUCGUUGGACUUUGGAGAGCAAAUCAUACUACAUUCUUAUUGAAUUUUUUGAAAAUUUCCAUUAAUUCAUGGUUAGUCAAUUUAAUUUCAUCAUCAUUAAUUGGUAUAAAUAAUUCCACAAACAUAUUAAUAUUACCUAAAUCAUCAUUCCAACAUUUAAUAUUGGCAAAUUUAAUUUCAAACAUCUUAACAAAUUUAAUCUUAAUCCCAAUUGAUUUGAUUAAAUUGAAAUUGAUAGUAACAUCCAUAAAUACUGAUAAUAAAAAUAAAAGAAGUUUAAGACAUAUGAUUAAAAAUUGGUCAUGGAGAAAUGAUGGUCCCAAAUUACCCAUAUCAAUAUGGUUAUCAACAAUAUUAAAAUCAAUAGUAACGGUAACUUUUGGUAAAAAUUUUGAUAUCUUAAUUUAUUAUAAAUUUAAUUUAGAGAAAUUCUCAAACUGGAAAAUCUUUUAUUCAAUCAAAUUUUUAUCUAAAAUUAUUGAAUUGAUCUUUAAAUUACCCGUCGAAACUAUCUUAAGAAGAAAUCAAUUGAAUUUCUUAUUGAAUUAUAAUAGUAAUUUGAAAAUUAAAACAAUUGAUAACACCCCUAAAAAAAUGUACAUAUCGAAGAUGAAAGUAAAACAUACCACAACGAAAACUGAAGAGAACGAACCUACUUCGAUUGAAUUGCAUGAUAAAUUAAUUAUUAGACCAAAUUUUUCAACAAACAUUUCAAAAGAUUUAUGGAAUGGUUGGAAAAUAAGUUUAAUUAGUGUUUGUUGCGGUUAUGGAUUCAGAAUGUUAAAUAAAAUAGAUGAUGAUUUAAAAUUAGAAUUGGAAAAAUUCUGA